AUGUUCUAAAGAAUCGAUCUUUUUGGAAGUAAGAUCAAUUUAAGAUUUUAAGGAAACCAAUCAUACUAAUCCAAAAUUGGGUCUAUAGUUAGUCUUAUCAUAAUAGGCUUAAUUCUUUUUCGCUUAACUUAGAUAAUUUUAUCUGUCAUCCUUAGAGAAAACCCUUAGGUAAUUUAUAGUGAAAGACAGGUUAACGAUCCUGAUAUAUUUUAUGCAACAAGUGAAACCUUUCCGAUGGCUUUUGGGAUGGAGGAUCCAUAUAAUAGUGAAUAUUAUAUAGAUGAAGGUAUAUACAACGUAAAAGCUUAAUGGAAGUAAAAAUUACUAAUAUUUAACUAAACUACUUAAUAAAAUGAUAUAUUAUGGAAGUAACAAGACCUAAAAAUACAACCUUGUACAAUUGAAAACUUUAAAAAUCCAAUUAAUAAGAAUUAUUAUCUACGUCUUAACUAUACUAACAUGUAUUGCCUUUCCCCUGAAAGUGUUUUGGCUAUUUAAGGAGACUUUUAAUCUUAAUAGUAUUCUUAUAUAGAAUUAUAGGUUUAGCAGUGUUAAAAAAAUUGUAAAUCUGCAGAAUAACUCAAUGACUAUUUACUUAAAUCAAGUUUCGGUUUAUAACUUUCUGAUGCUUUUGUAGAUCCUUCAGAGAAAGAAUACCCUUUCAAAAUAUAUUCCAGAGAUAUGUAUUGGCCUACAAGUAAUCUGAUGCCAAAAGAUGUAAAUGUAUAUAUCAGAAAUAAUUACGUUUACAGUGAUUUUGGUUGGUUUGGUUCAGACAUAAUUACAUAGAGAUUUCCUUCUUUCAGUUUCUAUGAAGACACUGUUUAUCCUCCUAAUUUUCAAGAUUAUUUUAUAAGUAUCGUAUUCAGAUUUGAAAAAUAGAAAGAAAGUGUCUACAAUAGGUCUUAUAAGAAUUUUAUGGGAAUAUUAUCAGAUAUAGGUGGUUUUUCUUAAAGUUUAAUGACUAUAGGAUUUCUAAUUACCUAUAAAGUGUCUUAGCUACAAUUAAAUUAAAGCAUAAUUAAUUAGUUAUUCAACUAUGAAGAAUCUUCUGAUGAAGCAUUAACCAACUAAAAUAUUAGAAAUGAUUUAAAAAAAUCAUCAUUUAUGAGUCAAAAAAAAAUGAGUAUUUUACCUUAAUCAAUAUAAUUUACAAAUAGAAGCAAAAAAACAAAUUUUUAUUAAGUUGAUUCUAAUGUCUAGUUAAAUCUUAAAAAAGGCUCAGAAUCUAAUUUAACUUUAAAACAGGAAUCAGAAAAAUACCAUAAUUCAACAGAUACAUCAAAAUUUAAUAUUCAAAAGUAAAGAGCAGGCUCCAACAACACAAACAGAAUUCGCUUUAGUAGUGGUCAAAUAAAAAAAAAUUAAUCAGAUAAAAAUUUGCCCAUUAAAAAAUAUAAAAAUAAACAUAUAUAAUCAUUAAAUAGCAUCAGGACUAUUUUAGAGGAUAAUGAUCAAAAAUAAACAAAAGAUGAUAAAUAAACAUUAAAUAAAAUAUUGCAUGAAGAUUUAGAAAAAGAGACAAUAAGCAAUACUUUAAAUCCUACAAAUUUGGGAAUUCGUAAAAGCUCAUAUUAAAAAUUGUUCAUUUAAAAAUAGAAAAAUCAAUAAAAAAUAUAAAAAGUAGUUGAAAAACAAUUUGAUAAACUUAUGAAAAAGGAAACAAAUAGUAUGAAAAUGAGUGUUUUCGAAUAUUUUAUAUCCUUAAUUUUCCCUUGUGGAAGACUGAGAAAGAAAAAGCAAGUAAUUGACUACAGCAUCGAAAAAUUAUACCAGAAUCUGGAUAUUUUUUCAAUAUUAAAAAGGCUGAUUGAGGUCGAAAAAUUAAAGAGAUUACUUUUAGAUCAGAAUUAAAUAAAACUAUUAGAUUACCUACCUAAACCAACAAUCCAUUUAGAUUUAGCCUUAAAUAAAGAUUUAAAUCACAGCAAUUAAAAAAAUUAAGAAAUUAAUUUAUUGUAUCAGGACAACAGAUCUGAAUUGUAAAAAGCUAAAGAUGCCUUUGAAGCUUACAAAAAUAUUUUAAGUAAAGAUAAUUUCUCUGAAUUAGAUGAAAAGUUGAUAGAUAUGCUUGAUCAAAAUUUAAUAUAAAUUUUUGAAGCUUAGAAUUAGAACUACACUAAUACCAAUACAAAUACAAACACACAAUAAUAACAGUAACAUUAGUAAAUUAUAGAUUUUACUAUUGUUCAAAGUCCUUCUCUAAUUAAUGAAUAAUAAAUUUUGUAAUUUUCAUCUAAUAAUAUCAAAGAACCUCAAAAUAUUGAAUUUGAUAUUAACAAUUGUAAUUAGGACGAAUCUAAAAUAUUUGAAUAAUAAAACCUCCAAGUAACUAAACUUCAAGAAUUAAAAUAAAAUGAAAAAAAUUAAAAAGAAGUAAAUAAAAAUUAAAUUGAAGAAGACUAAUUGUAAGAAUCAUCUAACAGUGAUUAACAGGAAAUCCCUCAAGAAAUACAAAAUAAUAUUUUACCUAAAUAAAAUUUUUCUUAAAUAAAAAAUUUUAAAUGA